AUGUCAGCUGAAUAUACAAUAUCAUCUAUUCAGUUUGAAGAUUCUAAUUAUGUUUUAACUUAUGAUUUAAAACCUUUAAUUAUCUUUUUAUCAAAGGUUGUAGAAGUAAUUUUAAAUGGAGACAAACAUGAUAUAGAUGAAUACAUUUUGUCCUCUAAUGAUUGUUUAUAUAAGUGUGAAAAAUUUAUCUCAGACACAACAUUAACAGUACUUUAUAUUAUAAAAAAUGUUAAAGAAAAUUCAGUAGAUGGUUUGGGAAAUAAUGAUGUUUCAUACAGCUAUCAUUUUGAUUUAGAACUAUCUCCUUGUGUACAGACAACAGCUAUACUUGCAUUAAUUAAACGCUAUGAACAAGUUAACCUGACAAUAUCGCUUGAAAAUCAGUUACAAUUGCUUAAUAUGCCAGGAUGGUUCCGAGAUGAAGUAUCGUCUACAUCUUUGGUGCCUUAUAAAGCUUUACAUACGUUAAUUCAUUCAGCAAUUUCACCAUAUUUUGAUGCAUUUACGAAGGAGAGAGAGAAAGGACAAGAAAACACAAAAUCAUUAAACAAUGAAUAUAGAACAGGGAUCCCUGCAGCAAAAAAGAAAAUUGCAGAAUUAGAAUUAUCAUUAUUAGAUCUACAACAAGAUAUUGAAAUACCGAACAUAUCUUUAACGAUUCAUCCAGAAGUGGAGAGAUUUGUUCUUGAAGCUAAUAAACAAAACAUGCAACCUUUAAUACAAAAUUUUCCGAAUAAUCUUUUAACAGAUAGCACAUUUCUUAAUAAUCUUCAGUCUAAUGUUAACUCUUGGAUUAAGUCUAUUCAAACAAUUACAAGAAUUUCACAUGAUCCAACAUCAGGAUCAGCAUCACAAGAAAUAAAUUUUUGGUUGAAUAUGGAAGCAUCUUUGCAAAAUAUUGAAGAGCAGCUUAAAAGUGAUGGAGUUGUCUUAACUCUAGAAAUUUUAAAGCAAGCUAAACGAUUCCAUACUACAGUAAGUUUUACAGCUGAUACGGGCCUAAAAGAAGCCAAUGAAAAAGUUAAUAAAUAUAACCAAUUAAUGAAAGAAUUCCCUUUAAAUGAACUUUUAUCGGCAACUUCAUUAGAUAAAGUUCAAAAAUCUAUCUUUCAAAUAUUUAAUCAUCUUAAUAAGAAACUUAGGAUUUGUCCUUAUCCUAUUUGCAGAGUUUUGCCAUUGGUGGAAGCUAUUUCUUCGGAUCUAAAUACCCGUAUUCAAAGUUUACUUGGUAGCCAAAAAUUAAUGCAUCUUGAAUAUAUGCAUUUUAUAAAGCUGAUGAGAUUAGCCGACGAGGUUUUCAAAACAUGGGAUGAUCAAUUAAAAGAAUUUACAAAUAUGGCAAGAGAUGUUACUCGAAAACGUAGUGAAAAAUUUAUUCCUAUAAAAAUUACUUCACAACAUAUUAAAACCCAAGAAAGGCUAGCGUAUAUAAAAACAUUUAGACAAGGGCAUGAGCAAUUGCGAAGUACAAUUUUCGAUGUUUUAGAAACAUCUAAACUAUCUUCUGAUGAGAAUUACACAAGAUUUGAUGGAAUUAGAGAUAUAAAUAUUAUGAAUGAGAUUUCUGAAUCAUAUUCACUUUUAAAAACUAUAGAUGUACUAGACAUUUCUCCGGAGGGUACAAGACAGUGGAUAAUUACAGAAAAUAAUUAUAAUGAUCGAAUUUCUAGAAUUGAAAAUACUAUUAUAAAUAGAUUAAGAGAUAAACUGAGUGCAGCAAAAACCUCUAAGGAAAUGUUUAUAGUUUUUUCUAAAUUUAAUCCUUUAUUCAUUAGACCAAAAAUUCGCGGGGCUAUUCAGGAAUAUCAGAUUCAGCUUAUUAAUAAUGUUAAAUCUGAUAUAACUAACUUGCAUGAACGAUUUAAAAAGCGGUAUAGUAAUUCGGAAUCGUAUUUAAUGGCACAACUAUAUGACAUUCCUCCAAUUUCAGGUGCUAUUAUAUGGGCAAGACAAAUUGAACGACAAUUAGAUACCUACAUGAAAAAUAUUGAAAAUGUUCUUGGUAAAGGUUGGGAAUUAUAUACCGAUGCCCAAAAAUUACAGUCAGAUACUACCAUAUUUAAAAAUAAACUUAAUGCAUAUAAGAUUUAUGAAGCAUGGCUUCAUGAUAUAUCAAAAAAAAAAAUUUCAAUAACUGGAAGAUUAUUUAAGAUAAUUAAAAAGCGUACAUUAGAUAAUACAUUAGAAUUGGUUGUCAAUUUUGAUCAUCAAAUUAUUAUAUUAUUCAAAGAAGUCCGGAAUCUUUUGUGGUUGAAUUUCUCAAUACCUCAUUCUAUAAAUAGUAUUUCAAAAGAAGCCAAAAGACUUUAUCCAUAUGUUGUAAGCUUAACGGAGACUCUUCGAAAUUAUCUCCAAAUUAAUGAAAAAAUACAUCACAUAAACAAUACCUCUAUUUUACUUGCUGGAUAUCAAAAUGAUAUACAAAAUUUUAUCUCAAAAGGAAUGAAUUUGAAAUGGGAAUCUUUUAUUCAUUCAUACGAUAGUCAUAUACGAUCUCUAGAUUAUACUAAUAUUGAAAAGCAUAACAGUCUACCUCGCAAAAGUCGUUAUGUUCUUUUUGUACAGGAUUUUUCUAAAUCAGUUUCAACAUUUCAAGAAAAAAUAAAUAUCUUAUUGAAAUCUCACGAUAUUAUUUUUAAAGAAUUAGAAAAUUUAAAUACAUGUGCUUAUGAUCAAGAAGCGUUUAGUUCUAUCCUUGAAAAUAUUCAAAAAGAAGUUGAUCUUCUAAAUUUUGAAAACUUUUCCAAUUUAAGUUUUUGGGUUAACGAUCUUAAUUCUAAAAUAGAGAAUAUAUUAAUACAAAGAAUCAUUCGAUCUGCUCAAAUAUGGGUUAAAACGUUUAUAUCAUUUAAAACGGCUGAUUCAAAUUUUGAAAAAGAGCAAAAAGAUUAUAUAAAUUCUUGUUCUUCAGACUAUGAUAAUCAUACAUUUCCGAAAUUUGAGAAAUUUAUAUAUAAAAUUCAUAUCCGUAAUCAAUUAAUAUCUUUAGAGCCCUCUAUCGAAUUAUCUAAAUCAUUUUGGUUCAGGAAUUUUCAUAACUGGAUAAACAUCGCAUGUAAUCAAAAAAAAAUCUUCGCUUUUAAAUAUCAAAUAAAUUUUGAUCUUGAUGCAUCUAUUGAUCAAAACUCAGAAACUUCUACAUACAAAUACCUUCUCUCAAAAAUAUACAGCCCUCAUUUAUCUAAUACAUAUUCUUCUAUUCUUAAAGUUCUUAAUGAAGUAAAUGCUUAUGUUGAAAAAUGGUUGCAAUUUCAAUCACUUUGGGAUUUACAUCUAGAUCAUGUUUAUAAUUUUCUCGGAAAUGAUUUAUCAAAAUGGCUACAAAUUUUACGAGAAAUCCAAAAAUCUCGUUGCACUUUUGAUACUACAAAAACCUCUCAUUCUUUUGGAUUUUUAAUUGUGGACUAUGAACAAGUUCAAAAUAGAAUAAAUGCUAAAUAUGAUUCUUGGCAAAAAGAUAUAUUGAAUAAGUUUUCUACGCAACUUUCUGAUAACAUGAAAGAGUUUUACGUUCAAAUAACUAAAAUGAGACAUACUUUAGAAUCUCAAUCUCUUGAAGGAUCAACAGAAGAAACUAUUUCUUUUAUUUCUAAUGUCCAGCAAUGUAAAAAACAAAUGGAAGAAUAUAAAAAACUUGUUUCCCUAUAUCAACAGGGUCAAAUAAUCUUGUCUAGACAAAGAUAUCAUUUUGAUAAUGACUGGGUUUAUAUUGACCAAAUCGAAGGAGAAUGGGGAAUGUUAUCUGAUAUAUUGAGUCGUAAAGAUAAACUUAUAACCGAUCAUAUUGAUGUUUUAAAAACAAAGAUAAUUGCACAGGAUCAGAUUGUUUCUUCAAAAAUAUCUCUAAUUAUUAACGACUGGAAUGAGCAAAAGCCUGUUUCAGGAGAUCUUGACCCAUCAUCAGUAUUUAAUACACUUUCUAUAUUUGAAUCAAAAAUCAAUCAAAUAGGCAACGAAAAAAAAUCUAUUCUAAAGGCCAAAGAAGCCCUUAACCUUGAUACUAACGGAGAAGAUAUAAUUUCUGCCAUUUUAGAAGAAGUUUUGGAUUUUAAAUCAGUCUGGUCUGCCAUUAACACACUCUGGAAAUCUUUAAAUGAGCUAAUGGAAACUCCUUGGAACAUUGUUAUUCCAAGGAAAAUUCGACAAUCUUUAGAUAAAUUGCUAAACACCACAAAAGAGAUGCCUAGUUCUAUGAGACAAUAUUUAGCUUUUGAACACAUGCAAAAUUUGCUUCGCCAGUAUAUCAAAGCUAAUUCUCUUAUAUCAGAACUUAAAAUCGAAGCUAUGAAAGAAAGACAUUGGGAAAAACUUUUUAAGCUUCUUAAGCUUAAAGAACCCAUUAGAUUUUCUUCUCUUAAUAUAGGUAAUGUUUGGAAGUUGAAUCUCAUAAAUAAUGAACAUAUUAUCAAAAAUAUUAUAUCCGAAGCUCGCGGGGAAAUGGCAUUAGAAGAAUUUCUUAAAAAUAUUCGUGAAACAUGGUCAAAUUAUUAUCUAAAUCUGCUUAACUAUAGAAAUGUCUCUAAAUUAAUUAAUAAUUGGGACGAUCUUUUUACAAAAUGUAUCGAUAAUCUUAAUUCUCUUUCGGCUAUGAAAAACUCUCCAUAUUAUAAGAUGUUCCAAGAAGAGGCAUCUUCUUGGGAUUAUCGUCUUAAUAAAAUACAUAUUUUAUUUGAUAUAUGGUCAGAUGUUCAACGGCAGUGGGUUUAUUUAGAAGGAAUUUUCUCAGGAAAUACCGAUAUCAAACAUUUAUUACCUAUAGAAUCACAAAGAUUUCAGAAUAUAAGCUCGGAAUUUCUUGCAAUAAUGAAAAAGGUUUGCAAAUCACCUUCUGUUCUUGAUGUGUUAGCAAUUCCAAAUAUCCAUAAAUCUAUGGAAAGACUAUUAGACUUGCUUCAAAAAAUUCAAAAAGCAUUGGGCGAAUAUUUAGAAAAAGAGCGCAUUUUAUUCCCUCGAUUUUAUUUUAUUGGAGAUGAAGAUUUAUUAGAGAUGAUUGGGAAUAGUAAGGAUAUUAAUAGAAUCCAAAAACAUUUUUGUAAAAUGUUUUCUGGAAUACAUAAUUUAAUUUUAGAUAAGGAUUCUACAGUAAUUACCGGAUUUUCAUCAAAAGAAGGUGAAAUUGUUUUUUUAAAAACACCUAUAAAUUUACUUAAGACACAAAAAAUUAACGAAUGGCUCGAUUUAUUAGAUAUUUCCGUUAAAGAUACACUUUCAGACUUAUUAAUAAUUGCCAUAAAUGAUUUUGGGAACCUAUAUGGGAGUCUCGAAUUAAAAAGUUCUCAUUUACUUGAUUUCUUUGAUAAGUACCCUUCUCAAAUAAUCAUUCUUUCAUUACAAAUUCUUUGGACUAAAAAUGUAGAAAUUGCAUUAUCCAAUUCAAAUAUGAGUGAAAAAAAUUUACAGGAUAACUUGUUUUAUAUCGACACUCUUUUAACUAUACUAACUACGUUGGUGGUUAAUGAUAUCAAUACUAUACAACGUAAAAAAUCAGAAAAUAUGAUUACUUAUUUAGUCCAUCAAAAAAAUGUAAUAAAUAUGUUAUUAAAAGACAAUGUUACUUCUGUAAAUGAUUUUAGAUGGCAGUAUCAAAUGAGAUUUACUCUUAAAGAUUAUUCCGAUCCGAAAAGUCUUCAAGUUUUAAUAGGGAAUGUUAGUUUUGAUUAUGGAUUUGAAUAUCUUGGUAUACCAGAUAGACUAGUCCAAACUCCUUUAAAUGAUAAAUGUUUUCUUACCCUAACGCAAGCACUAAAGCAAAAGCUCGGUGGAUCUCCUUUUGGUCCUGCAGGAACAGGAAAGACAGAGUCAGUAAAAGCUUUAGGCGCACAUUUAGGAAAAUUUGUAUUAGUAUUUUGUUGUGAUAGUACAUUUGAUUUUCAAGCAAUAGGAAGAAUAUUUCUUGGAAUCUGUCAAGUUGGCGCAUGGGGAUGUUUUGAUGAAUUUAACCGUUUAGAAGAAAAGAUUCUUAGUGCAAUUUCCCAGCAAAUUCAAACUAUUCAGCUAGGUUUAAAAAAUAACGAAGAAAACAAACACGUUGAGGUUGAAUUAGUUGACAAAAAAAUUAAGAUACAUCCAGAAACAGGAAUUUUUAUAACAAUGAAUCCUGGAUAUGCAGGAAGAUCAAAUCUUCCUGACAAUUUAAAAAAACUUUUUCGAAGUAUAUCUAUGACACGACCUGAUAAAGAAACAAUUGCUCAGGUUACAUUAUAUUCUCAAGGAUUUUCUAUGGCUAAAGAGCUUGCAUCCAAUAUUGUACCAUUUUUUGAAAAAUGUAGUACCGAAUUAUCUUUUCAAUCUCAUUAUGAUUUUGGACUCAGAGCACUAAAAGGUGUCUUAAUUAUUUCUGGGAAUAUCAAAAGGUCUAUGAUCCAAAAUAGAAAAGAGAACAAUGCUGUUAAAGAUAUAUUAGAAACGGAAAUUAUAGUUCAAAGCUUAAGAAGAACAAUAUUGCCAAAAUUGAUAAAAAACGAUUUACAUCCUUUAAUGAAUAUAGAAAAGGCAUUAUUUCCAAAUGUGAAUUAUAUUCCGGCGGAUCUUUCUAAAUUAGAGGAGGAAAUUAGGAAAGUUUCUUCGAUUCAGAAUUUAUUUCUUGAUGAUGAAUGGAUAACCAAGAUUUUGCAAUUGUAUCAGAUUCAAUGUAUUCACUAUGGUAUAAUAAUGGUUGGUUCUUCGGGAACAGGGAAAUCAAAAGCUUGGCGUAUUUUAUUAAAAAGUUUGGAAAAUCUUAAUGGAACGGAAUUCGUAUAUCAUAUUAUAGACCCUAAAGUUUUUUCUAAAGAAGUUCUUUAUGGAAAUCUUGAUUCUAUAACACGUGAAUGGACAGAUGGCUUAUUUACUAGUAUUAUUAGAAAAAUAGUCAAUAAUUUACGCGGAGAGCAAUUUAAGAAACAUUGGAUUAUUUUUGAUGGGGAUAUUGAUCCUGAAUGGGCAGAAAAUUUAAACAGGAAAUCUUUAAAAUAUGCAACUCUUGCAACUAUAAGCAGAUGUGGUAUGAUUUGGUUUGAUGAACAAACAGUUAAACCAAAUAUGAUUUUACAUAAUCGUUUGAAUUUACUACGCUCUUCAACUUUCGAACAGUUUGAGGAUGAUAAUACAUUUUCUGUUGGCCCUUCGAAUUUAUUUACUAUUCAAAAAAUUGUUAUAGAUAUUUUGAAUAUACCUUUUUCAGAAAACGGGCUUAUUAUUCAAGCAAUUGAAUAUGCUCAAAAUUUAGAUCACAUAAUGAGUUUUACUCCAAUAAGGUCUUUAAAUACGUUAUUUACAUUUAUACAUGCAGCGUGUAAGGAAUUGGCAAGAUAUAAUUCACAACAUGAAGAUUUUCCUUUAACUAAUGAAAAUAUUGAAGCUUAUAUAUCAAAAAAAUUACUGCUAUAUAUUAUAUGGAGUUUUUCUGGAGACUGUAAACUUACGGAAAGACAAAAAUUCGAAAAAUAUAUAAUACAAUUUACUACAACUGAACUUCCUGUUUUGUCCAAUGAUAGACAUUUACUCGAUUACGAUGUAUCUUUACCAUACGGAAACUGGGAUUUAUGGGAAACAAAAGUGCCUAUAGUUGAAGUUGAUAUCCAUUCAGUUUUUAAAUCUAAUUAUGUUAUUCCUACAGUUGAUACACUUCGGCAUGAAUCAUUAAUUUAUUCAUUUUUACUUGAACAUAAACCGUUUAUAUUGUGUGGUCCUCCUGGUUCAGGAAAGACAACAAUAUUGUUAAAUGUGCUCCAAAAAAUUUCUAAUAUAGAACCAAUCGUACUCAAUUUUUCUAGUAAUACAAGCCCAGAUUUAAUUAUUAAAACUCUAGAGCAAUACUGUGAAUAUACAAAAACUGUUCAUGAAGUCAUUAUGAGGCCUAGAUCAGUAGGUAAAUGGAUUAUAAUUUUCUGUGAUGAAAUUAAUUUGCCCUCUCUUGAUAUUUAUGGUACUCAAAGGGUUAUUUUCUUUAUACGCCAAUUAAUUGAACAUGAAAAAUUUUGGAAUUCUAAAAUUAAAGCAUGGAUUAAAUUAGAAAGAAUACAGUUCAUCGGAUCUUGUAACCCUCCAGAAGAUAUUGGAAGAGUUGCUUUUAGUAAUCGGUUUUUAUGGCAUUUUCCUGUUAUAAUGGUUGAUUAUCCCGAAAAAAUAUCUCUAAUACAAAUAUAUGGAACGUAUAAUAAAGCUAUAUUAAAAUGUAUUCCAGAAUUAAAAAAUUAUUAUAAGGAGCUUACAUAUGUAAUGGUCGACUUUUAUCUUUUAUUUCAGCAAAAAUUUACUCCAAAUAUCCAAAUGCAUUAUGUGUAUAGCCCACGUGAACUUACACGAUGGGUUCGUAAUAUAUAUGGAGUAAUAUUUUCUUUGGAAACUAUGACUCUGGACGAAUUAAUUCGUUUCUGGUUUUAUGAAUCAUUAAAACUGUUUCAAGAUCGUCUAGUUUCUGAUGAUGAAAGACAAUGGACUGAAAAUACUUCUAAAGAAAUGUUUUUAAAAUACUUUCUUAAUAUAUCGGAUUCUAUUUUCAAUAAACCAAUAUUAUAUUCAAAUUGGCUUUCUAAAAAUUACAUGCCCGUAAAUAAGGAAUUACUUCGGGAUUACAUUCAAGCUCGCUUAAAAACUUUUUGUGAAGAGGAAAUUGAUGUACCACUAAUUUUGUUUGAUGAUAUUUUGAAUCACGUUCUUCGUAUUGAUAAAGCUUUUCAUCAAACACAAGGUCAUUUAAUUUUUAUUGGAAUUAGUGGCUCCGGAAAGACAACAUUAUCUCGUUUUGUUGCUUGGAUGAAUGGAUUAAAGAUAUUUCAGAUUAAAGUUCAUUCUAAAUAUUCUUCUGAUGAUUUUGAUAAUGAUUUACGAGAUGUCUUACGACGAGUAGGUUGCAAAGGAGAGAAAAUAUGUUUUCUCUUUGAUGAAUCAAAUGUACUUAGUACAUCUUUUUUAGAACGAAUGAAUACAUUACUUGCAAAUUCUGAAAUUGCUGGUCUUUUUGAAGGGGAUGAAUUUACUUCUCUUAUUUCAAGCUGUAAAGAAGCUACACAAAAGGAAGGCCUUCUUUUGGAUUCUCAAGAUGAGCUUUAUAAUUGGUUUUCUCAACAGAUUUCUAGAAACCUUCAUAUAGUAUUUACAAUGAAUCCUUUAGAUAAAGGAUUAUCAGCAAAAGUAUCAACUUCUCCUGCUUUAUUUAAUCGUUGUAUUAUAAAUUGGCUUGGAGAUUGGUCUAUUCAGGCCUUUUAUGAAGUAGCUAAUGAGCUUAUUCGUGCUUUGGAUCUAGAAAAGCCCAGUUAUAUUUCACCUUUAAGUGCGCGUACUAUUUAUCUUCAGGCUCCAUUUACUUAUCGUGAAGCUAUUCUUGAUUGCAUUAUUUUUAUUCAUUAUUCAAUGAAAGAAUUCAAUGAAAAAUUUUCAGAAUUUAAUAAUAAAAUUUACAUCACUCCUAGACAUUUUAUUAGUUUUGUUCAAAAUUUCGUUCAAAUUUACAUGGAAAAAAGAGAAAAAUUGGAGGAUCAACAACAACAUUUAAAUUCUGGUAUUGAAAAAUUGAAUAAUACUGUCAAUAAGGUUUUUGAAUUGAAACAAGAACUAGCAGAAAAACAGCAGCAGUUAGAAUUAAAAAAUAGAGAAGCUAAUGAUAAGCUUAAACGGAUUGUCGAAGACCAAAAAGAAGCAGAAGAGAGAAAAAUAGCUUCUUUAGAAAUUCAAGAAUCUUUAUAUCUUCAAGAAGAAAAAAUUAAUGUUCGACGAAAAAUGGUGAUUGAUGAUUUAGCUAAAGUAGAACCAGCUGUAAUUGAAGCACAGCGUUCAGUUAGUAGUAUUAAAAAACAACAUUUAACUGAAGUAAGAUCUAUGGCUAAUCCGCCUGAAGCAGUUAAACUUACUAUGGAAUCUGUGUGUACUCUUCUUGGUCAAAAAUUUGAUAAUUGGAAGACAGUUCAAGGGAUAAUAAGAAAAGAUGAUUUUAUAUCAAAUAUAUUAAAUUUCGAUAAUGAUAAACAAAUGACGAAAGAAUUGAGAACAAAAAUGCAAACAUGUUAUAUUUCUAAUCCCAAUUUUACUUUUGAUAUAAUAAAUCAUGCUAGUAAAGCAUGUGGUCCUUUAGUUCUCUGGGUAUGUGCUCAAGUAAACUAUUCUACUAUUCUUGAAAAAGUAGCUCCAUUACGCGAGGAAGUUAAUAAUCUUGAAAUACAAGUUUCUGAAAAUAAAAUAAAAGUUGAAAAUAUAAUUGCUACAAUUCAAGAGCUUGAAAAAAACAUUAUAUUAUAUAAAGAGGAAUAUGCAACUCUUAUUAGCGAUAUACAAACUAUUAAAUCGGAAAUGAGCCAUGUACAACAAAAAGUAGAUAGAAGCUUGGAACUUUUAAAUAAUCUUUCUUCCGAGCGUAAUCGCUGGGAGUUAGAAAGCCAAACGUUUGAAGAUCAACUUGAUACUUUAGCAGGAGAUGUAUUACUUUCAUCUGCUUUUUUGACAUAUGCUGGCAUAUAUGAUCAACAAGCACGUUUAGAUAUCCAAGCAGAAUGGAAGAAUCAAUUGCAAUCAUUAAAUAUUAGUAUCAAGAAAAACAAUCCUGUUUCUGAAUAUCUUGUGACUUUAGAUGAGAAAUCUGACUGGUUAAAUAAUUCAUUGCCUCAAGAUGAGCUUUGCAUAGAAAAUGCGCUAAUUUUAAAGAGAUCGGAUCGAUAUCCUUUAAUUAUUGAUCCUUCUAAUUGUGUUACCCAGUAUUUGAUCGAGAGUUUUAAGGAGAAAAAAUUGGCUGUAACAAGUUUCUUGGAUGAUACAUUUGUUAAACAUUUAGAAAGCGCAUUGAGAUUUGGAAAUCCUAUUUUGAUUCAAGAUGCGGAAUAUUUAGAUCCGGUAUUAUAUCCAAUUCUUAACAAAGAAUAUCAAAGGACUAACGGAAGAAUACUGGUUCAACUUGGGAAGCAGGAUAUUGAUUUUUCUCCUUCUUUUAAAUUAUUUUUAUUGACAAAGAAUUCAUCUAUUAAUUUUGGACCAGAAAUUUCUAGUAGAGUCACCUUUGUUAAUUUUACAAUAACUACUAGUAGUCUUCAAUCUCAAUGUUUAAAUAAAAUACUUUAUUAUGAAAGACCGGAUGUUAAUCAACGAAGAAAUAAUUCAGUUAAACUUCAAAAUGAAUUUAAACUACAUCUUAUGCAUCUUGAAAAGAAUCUUCUUAAUAUCCUUAAUGAAUCUCAAGGAAAUAUUCUUAACAAUGAUACUAUUUUAAAAACAUUAGAGACUUUAAAAAAAGAAGCUUCAGAAAUUUCUAAAAAAGCGUCAGAAACUGAAGAAAUUAUUAAAGAGAUCGAGCAAAUAACUUUAUCAUAUAAGCCAGUAGUAUCUCUUUGUAGUUCAAUAUUUGAAAUUAUGGAACAAUUGGUUUUGAUAUCACCUUAUUAUAAUUUUUCUUUAUUAUUUUUCCAGGAUAUUUUUUAUGAUAUUUUAAACAAUAACGCAGAACUAAAAAAAGAAAUAGAUUUUUCUAAAAGAAUUAACAUUCUUUUACGAGAUAUAAUGUUAACUACAUUUAAGAAAGUUUCACGGGCUUUAUUACAUAAACAUCAUAUAUUUUUCGGAUUAUUAAUUGCAAGACUUGCAAUUUUAACAAAAGAAAUUAAAGGUUUUGAUAACAAUAUCUUCGAAUUAUUGUUUACUAAUGAAAUACCGGAAAACGACUUUUCAGAAAAUCCAUCUAGUAUUGAUAUUAAAAAAUAUAAAGUUCCAUAUUUUUAUGAUAUCGACAAAUAUAUUGAUGAAAAUUCAAAAGAAUUUAAUUUAUUUUUAAUUGCAGAAAAUGCGGAAGAUUAUGUACCUAUAUUAUGGGAAUACCAUGAAGAACCAUUAAAUAAUAAUAUUCGUAAAUUGCUUAUUAUUAAAAUGUUUCGAAUGGAUCGCUUAAUUCCUGCAAUUGAAAAAUUUAUAACAGAUGUUUUUGAAGAAAAUAUUUUUUCUCAUAUUUUCUAUGAUAUUAAAUCUCUUAUCGAGAAUGAAUCAACGCCUCAAACACCUAUUGUUUUAUGUUCGGUUCCGGGAUAUGAUGCUAGUUAUAAGAUUGAGAACUUUGUUAAUCAAGUAUCAGUCGAUUGUCAAUCUAUAACUAUGGGUUCAAUUGAGGGUCUUACUCAGGCUGAUAGAGAAAUAAUUUUAGCUAGUCAAAAAGGCACAUGGAUACUUUUAAAAAAUGUUCAUUUAACAACUUCUUGGCUAGAUCAUCUUGAAAAAAAAUUACAAAAUCUUAAACAUCAUCCAAAGUUUCGUUUAUUCGUUACAAUGGAAAUGAGUUUGAGACAGGUUCCUAUAAAUCUUCUUAGAAUGUCUCGAAUAAUGGUGUUUGAGCCUCCACCUGGAAUUAAAGCAAGCAUGUUAAAUACGUUUGGGUCGAUUCCUGUAUCAUAUUUCAAUAAUAGGCCUAUAGAAAAAAAUCGUUUAUACUUUUUACUUUCAUGGUUUCAUGCAUUAGUACAGGAGAGAUUACGUUAUGUCCCGUUAGGAUGGUCUAAAUUAUAUGAAUUUAAUGAUUCUGAUUUCGAAUCUGCUAUAUGGAUGAUAAAUAGGUUAAUUAAAGAUUUUGCACAUCAUCGCUCAAAUAUAUCUCCAGAAAAAAUACCUUGGGAAGCUAUUCGUUUGCUUUUAUAUGAAUCUAUCUAUGGAUCUAGACUUGAUGAUGAAAACGAUUUAGAAUUACUUAAUAAGAUGAUUCAAAAUAUAUUUAGACCUGAAUCUUUUAAUCUUAAUUAUGAGCUUGUCGAAAAGCAUCUUAUUAUUCCUGAUUGUUUGAGAAGAGAGGAGUUUCUUAAUUGGAUACAAAAUUUACCUGAAAGACAAUCACCAACAUGGCUAGGAUUGCCUGAAUAUGCAGAAAAAGUUAUUCUUUUUUCUCAAGGAAAAGAAAUGCUUAAUAAUUCCAGAAUCAUAUUAAAUGUAUUGAAAAGAAAAUGA